ACAGUAAAAGGGUACUAUGUCUCCAAAGUUUUUGUGAUUUUUGGUAGUAAUGUGUUGUAACAGGUGGGUAAAGAAUGUUUGUGCAGCAAGAGGUUUAGUGUCUCAGUCUUUUUUUUUAAAGAGUGAGGCUGAAUGAUCUCCAGGAAUGCUAAAAGAGGGCAUCUGAUUUUAGAAAGUUGGAAAAUAAGCUUCUAUUUUAUCUACUAAAAGUUAUAAUUUAACAAAGUCCAUUGCCUGGUGUAGUGAUAAUACUGCACGAUGUACCUUUUGAAGCUGGGAAACAGUGUCUGUCAGCACAAUCACAAGAGGAGUUGGAAUAUAUGAUUAGGAUACGUAAGGUUAGCAAAUGUUCAUCCUUCUUUUUAUUAAUAAAACCUUUUUUUUUAGGAAUUUGUUUACCAGGAAGCAGAGUGCAAGAUUUGAAAAACAAAAUGAUGUGCGAUGGAAGUUGUUUGGAAAAGUACCUCUUGGAGAAAACUUACAGAAAGACCCAAAGAAAAUGCAAAAGGAAUAUGAAGAAAAAACUGGACGAGCUCAGAGACCACUCUCUCCUAAACAGAAUGUGAGGAAGAAUCUUGAUUUUGAACCACUCUCCACUACAGCACUAAUUUUAGAGGAUCGACCAGCGAAUCUUCCUGCAAAACCAGCAGAGGAAGCUCAGAAACACAGGCAACAGUACGAAGAAAUGGUGGUUCAAGCAAAAAAAAGAGAGCUUAAAGAAGCCCAGAAGAGAAAGAAACAACUGGAAGAACGCUGUAAACUGGAAGACAGCAUUGGCAAUGCUGUUUUAACUUGGAACAACGAAAUCUUACCCAACUGGGAAACUAUGUGUUGUUCCCGUAAAGUCCGAGAGCUGUGGUGGCAGGGCAUUCCACCGAGUGUGAGAGGCAAAGUCUGGAGCUUGGCAAUUGGAAAUGAGUUAAACAUCACCCAUGAACUGUAUGAUAUUUGCCUCGCUCGGGCCAAAGAGAAGUGGCGAUCACUUAGUACAGGAGGGGCUGAAGUAGAAUGUGAAGAUGCUGGGUUUUCUGCAGCUGACAGAGAAGCGAGCUUGGAGUUAAUAAAACUGGAUAUCUCAAGAACGUUUCCUAGUCUCUGUAUAUUCCAACAAGGUGGUCCUUACCAUGACACGUUGCACAGUAUUUUGGGAGCCUAUACUUGUUACAGACCUGAUGUAGGCUAUGUGCAGGGCAUGUCAUUCAUAGCAGCUGUAUUGAUCUUGAACUUGGAUACUGCAGAUGCCUUCAUUGCUUUUUCUAACCUUUUAAAUAAGCCCUGUCAGAUGGCAUUUUUCCGUGUGGACCAUGGCCUUAUGUUGACUUACUUUGCUGCAUUUGAGGUAUUCUUUGAAGAAAAUCUGCCAAAGUUAUUUGCCCACUUCAAAAAAAAUAACUUAACUCCAGACAUCUAUCUAAUUGAUUGGAUAUUCACAUUGUACAGCAAAUCUUUGCCACUGGACUUGGCCUGUCGUGUCUGGGAUGUGUUCUGCCGUGAUGGAGAGGAGUUCUUAUUCCGUACAGCGCUGGGAAUACUAAAACUUUUUGAAGAUAUUUUGACCAAAAUGGACUUCAUUCAUAUAGCUCAGUUUUUAACAAAGCUACCAGAGGACUUGCCUUCGGAAGAGAUCUUCACAUCUAUUGCUGCCAUUCAGAUGCAAAGUAGAAACAAAAAAUGGGCUCAGAUACUGGCUGCUCUGCAGAAAGAUAACCGGGAAAUGGAAAAAGGAAGUCCUUCACUCAAACGUUAAUGUUGGGUUUGCCUCCGGUGACUCCUGGAAAAAGAGCUAAAGUGGUGAAACUAUUGAUUACUGUUUGACAUGUAUGAGCCUGCAAAUCAAAGUGUUAGUUCAGACUUCUAUUUAGUAGUAGAAUAGCCUUAAAGGGGAGAGAAGAAAAACGAGGAGAAGGAG